UGUUGAAUUAAGUCAGCUGUGUUGAGAGAUAUAUUUACUUCUUCUUUUUGUUCCUCAUUGCUCUUCCUCCACUGCAUCUCUACAGAGCUGAACUGGACAAACUCCAGCCAUGGAUAAUGAUGACGACCAGUAUGGGCUCUUCCAGGAAUUACUUAAUUAUACCGAUGACACAACUGAUCCAAGCUAUGUGGUCAGAAACACUGUCCAGCUCUGCAUAAAGGAGAGUGUCAAUCACUUUGGUGCAAGAUUCAUCCCAGUUUUCUACUAUGUCAACUUCCUCCUGAGUUACCUUGGCAAUGGGCUUGUCCUCUUCAUCAUCUACAAGUAUGAGAAGCUCAACACAGUGACAAACAUCUUCCUCCUGAAUUUGGUCCUCUCCAACAUUCUCUUUGCCUCCAGUCUCCCUUUCUGGGCAACCUACCAUCUGUCUGAGUGGAUUUUUGGCUUGGCUCUGUGUAAGAUAGUCAGCAGCGCCUACUUCAUAGGCUUCUACAGCUCCAUCCUCUUCCUCACACUCAUGACAUUCGACCGAUACCUUGCAGUGGUGCAUGCAGUGGCAGCUGCCAAGAGCAGGAAAAAGUUGUAUGCCAUUAUUGCAUCUGUAGCAGUUUGGUGCAUCAGUAUUGUAGCGAGUGUGAAAGAGCUGGUUCUCCAAAAUGUGUGGGAGAGUCCGUAUGGAGGACUGAUGUGUGAGGAGUCAGGAUACGAUAGCAACACCAUGGAUCACUGGCGACUGGUCAGUUAUUACAGACAAUUCGUGUUCUUCUUCCUUCUCCCUCUCUUCAUGGUGAUGUACUGCUACAUCAGCAUCACCAUCCGAAUCCUGUCCACCCGUAUGAAGGGGAAGUGCCAUGCUAUCAAGCUCAUAUUCAUCAUAAUUUUCACCUUCUUUGCCUGCUGGACACCCUAUAAUAUCGUCAUCCUCCUUCGAGCUUUACAGGUCUCCAGCGCCAGUAAGGAGGAUGACCGGUGUACUGACUCAGACAGCUUGGACUAUGCGUUUUAUGUGACCCGGAACAUUGCCUACUUGUAUUGUUGCAUUAGUCCUGUGUUUUACACAUUUUUGGGUAAGAAGUUUCAGAGCCACUUUAGAAGACUGCUGGCUAAGAAGGUCCCCUGUCUCAUGAGACACAUUAGCCUCAGCAGCCAGAGCACCAGAACUACAUCACAGAGGACACCACACUCUGCUUAUGAGUACUAGACACACACACACACACACACACACACACACACACACACACACACACACACACACACACACACACACACACACACACACACGUGUGCACACAUAACUUUUAUUGUUCAGCAUGAAUAGGAGAAAACCAAAAUUCACUCCAUGUUCACUUCCUGUGAGACUCCUUGACAAUAUAACAUUAAAUAACCAGUUAUAAAAAAAAUGUAAUAUUAUUUUAUCAUUAACUUCAACUUUUAUUCUAGUUAAAACUUUGGAGAAAGCUUCUUAUCUGAACAAGGUUACAUAAUGAAGGCUUAUAUGUAUGUUUUUUUGUGAUCAAAUGAAAACUAUGCAAACCAUUUGACAAAACAAUCUUACCAGAAGGUCAAUGAGUAGCUGAUCUGAAGCUAUUGAUCAAAUCCCAUGAUGUUCAUAUUACCAUUUGUACUUGAAGGUGGUCUAUGUUGGCCUGAACGUUGGCACCUUGAGGUGAGAUUGUUGUAGGUUUUUUGUGACCAAAUUUGGCUUCCCACCCCAGACCCACUGUAAACACAAAUCUUUAGCUCAAAUUUUUAAACAAGUAUUUUAUUUUUGUUUGUUUGGUUUUAGCAAAGGUAAUGAAAGGUUCUGUUUUGACUAUUUUAUGUAUCUGCUUUAGACCUGCUCUUGGUCUGGUCUUUAUUCUAAGUGUUUCAGUCUUGUUGAUUCAGUGUUGGAUUUACAGGUGUAUGUUUGUAGAGAUGUUGUUUAUUUGACUGAUCUUGUCUUAGUGCUCUAAAAGAACUGUAUCUUAACUUUCCAAU